AUGGCUCCCAGUCGAUCCCAGCUCAUCGACACGGCAAACGCCUUCAUCGCGGCCUACAACCAAUGGACCGUCUCCGGCGUCCUCUCCAUACAAAGUCCCUCAUGCACGCACCGCGUUCUCCCUGGGAAUCGACCAGCCAAAACCAGGGCUGAAUUCGGAGAAUUUCUUGAGCGCACCAUUCCCGUCAUCCGCAACUUUCGUCUACACUCUGUGGACACAUCGCCGUGGAUUGUGGAUGUUGAGGCGAGGAGAGUCACUAUGCACUUGAAGAGUACGGGAGAGUCGGAUAUUGGGGCGUAUAAUAACGAGUACAUCUUUAUGAUUACCAUUAGUGAGGAUGGGGAAAAAGUGGAUGGGAUUCUGGAGUUUUUGGACAGUCUGUAUUCGUCGGAGUUUGUGAGCAGCUUGGCCAAGGAAACGGGAGAGGCAUUGGGAUAG